CUAGCUCAGCUGCAGACGUAGGUCUAGGCGUAGCUAGCUACGAUUGCUUCAUUCAAACAGGGAAUUUUUUAAUUUUUAGAGAAAAAUCUUGUGAUGCUGGCUGUGGCCUGUGCGGAUGGUACCGGUGCGAGGCUGUUCAAAACUCUGUUGCUUGCCUAACAUACAGGUCCUACCAGGCACGGCUGUCAACCUGUGUAGUGUAGCCUGUAGGUGAAACAGUUGACUGAGCGAACGAAUUCAGUAAUUGACUUGCUGACUAACCGGAAUACCGGUUUUCACAGUCAGGGACGCCUCUCGACCCGUGCCUUCUCGCCACCGGUGCACCGCUAGCGCUAUUCAGAGAAGUCACUGAUUUUGUUUGCUGUCGCAUGUCCAGAGUGCAGACUGACUGAGUGCAGACGACAUAAUGAUGAGUGAUGUGGAUGCCGGAUCGCAGUGCACACGGGAGGACACGGCAUUGCUGGAUGCUGAACGUAUGAGCACAGGACUCAACGCCGAAGAGCGUUCUGAGACCAGCUCUGACAACCGGGCGCCAAAGUGCAUUCAGAAACUGCAGCGCUUGGUAGCCGGGAAUGUCAGCAAGGAGGCGUGUGCAGAGUUCUCAGCGACAUUUAUUCUAAUGAUGUUUGGAAUUGGAUCUGUGAGCCAGCACGUGUUGAGUGAAGGAGACUUUGGUCAGUUUCUGUCGGUGAACAUUGCCUGGGGGAUUGGUGUGGCAUUAGGCUGCUACGUGGCAGGGGCUAUUUCAGGUGCACAUAUGAACCCGGCCAUAUCUGUUGCCAUGGCAGUGUAUGGUCGGUUGCCAUGGAGACAGGUGCCAGUGUACGUGGCGUCGCAGAUGCUCGGCAGCUUCACUGCUUCAGUUCUGUGCUUUGCAGUUUACUAUGAUGCACUGGAGAACUUCAGCGGGUCUCAUCGGGACGUGAGCGGUCAAAACGCGACUGCAGAGAUCUGGGCCACUUACAACCAGCCGUUUGUCUCCGUCGGCGUUGGAUUUCUGGACCAGGUAGUCGGCACAGGACUUCUGGCGCUGAGCGUGUUUGCAAUAACCGACGAACGGAACUGGGCCCCACCGGACUAUGCCAAGCCACUGGCCAUUGGUGCCACGGUGGUUGCCAUAGGCGCAUCGUUCGGUUACAACACAGGCUACGCUAUAAAUCCAGCCAGAGACCUCGCGCCCAGGAUAUUCACCGCAAUCGCCGGCUGGGGAAAGGACGUUUUCACGUAUGGCCCAUACUGGUUCUGGGUGCCGGUCUUUGCUUGUACCAUUGGUGCUGUCCUCGGUUCCGGCUUCUAUGUCAUUGUUAUUGAAUCACAUCACCACCACACCGCACGGACAUCAUCCACAAGCACUCGAUAGCAACUGGGAUGAUGUCAUCAAUAACAGCCAAUGAUGCCGUUCAUCACGGAUAACCACUGAUGUCAUCAAUAGUAGACUAGUAGCUGGUUAUGGCAGUGGGUUGACGGUCUGGAUGAGGAGAAAUCCUGAUUGUGCAAGCUCACGUUACUGAAUGGUAACCAGGGACUCGGAUGUCUCUGGCGGUGGGACGGUGUAUUGAUUUCAACACAAUGCUCAGUGUAUACAUGAUUAUUAUCAGCAUUGGACUCGGAUAGAGAGGCAAGGAUUAUUUAUAAUUUUAUAUUGUUAAAUUUUUUAGUAACUGCUAGUGUUAAUGUUAGUGGACAUUGUAGCGUAAUUUGUAGUUCCUUGGUCCAUUUUCUUCCAUUUUCUUUUGUAUAAAUUAUCAGUAUUAUUAUUACUCAAUCUGCAGACAGCAUGCUGUUUCGUUCUUUGUGAACUCCUCAGCGCAGCACAGAGAAAAUUAGGCCGAACCUGAUAGCAAUGAAAAUACGUUCCAAAGCCAGCCGGUAUUAGCCGCAGUAUUAUUAUUAAUUUUUGAAUAGGGCAAUCCCCAAUCCCCAAAGGCCUUGGGCCUGAUUUUCUGGCUGCACAACUUUCCUCACGGAGACGUCCGCGUGUCACUCAAUCUUUGGACAGACUCAGCCAUUACUGAGGCUGUAAUGCGGGUCACAGUUUUCAAAAAUUCAUAGGAUUUCCUUGAUCACGGAGCGGGUUAUAUAAAGUACAAUGUCACAUUACGUAACAUGUUGAUGUUUUCAUCAUGUGAUAGGAACAUUCAUCAUGAUGCUGAUGAUGUGUCAUGAUGAUGUCAUGAUGAUGUCAUGCGGUUAGCGCCCAUGCUGCA